CGCGCAGGCACCGCCCCCGUUCCCCGGCCGUGCUCCGGCUCCGCUGCUCCGGCUCGUCCCUCGCGUCCCGGCGGUCCCGGCAUGGCGGAGAGCCCGGGGCGGCCCCCGGAGAGCAGCGGUGUCCCGCGGCAGGGAGGCGAGGGCUCGGCGGCGGCCGGGGCUCGGGCCGGGCUGUGCCCCGAGGGCGCGGCCGAGCCCCCGGACGGGCCCGCGGAGCGGCCGCGGCGGAGCGCGGAGGCGGCGCCGGAGCCGCCCGGGGACAGCGGCUCCCCCGAGAGCCCGGGGACACCGAGCGAGGAGCAGCGGGAGCCCGGGGACGGCCCGGGGCACCAGGGGCAGCCGGGGGUGAUGGACGGGCCCGAGGGCUCCGCGGCGGCCAGGGCCGAGCCUGAGGGAGAGGCGGUGACGGAGCCUGAAGGGGCAGCCGCGGGGGCGAUGGAGCCCGGGGACACGGCUGAGAGCCCGGCGGGGAUGGAGCCCGGGGACACGGCCGCGGUUCCGACGGGGAUGGCGCAGGAAGAGGCAGCUCCGGCAGCCACAGAGCCCGAGGACGGCGCCGCGGCCCCGGCAGGGACGGAGCCCGAGGGCGCAGGGGCUGCUCCGACGGGGACGGAGCCCGAAAAAGCAGCUCCGGCCGGGACGGAGCCUGAGGGAGAGGCGGUGGCACCGGCAGGGACGGAGCCCCAGGUGAGAGAGGCGGUGAGGGAGGAAGGCCCGGCGGAGAGAGAGCCCCAGGAGCCGGCCACGACUGUCCCGGCAGAAGCAGAGCCUGAGGAGGCUGCGGCGACUGCCCCGGUGGGGACGGAGCCCGGGGAAGCACAGGCGACAGUCCCGGUGGGGACAGAGCCCGGGGAAGCAGAGGCGACAAUCCCGGUGGGGACAGAGCCCGGGGAAGCAGAGGCGACAAUCCCGGCGGGGACAGAGCCCGGAGAAGAACAGGCGACAGUCCCGGUGGGGACAGAGCCCGGGGAAGCAGAGGCGACAGCACCAUCGAGGACAGAGCCCGGAGUGGCGCUAGGACAGGCGGGGACAGAGGGAGCAGAGCCCGAGGAGGCUGUCGCGACAGCCCCGAUCGGGACAGAUCCCGAGGAAGCUCUGAGGGAGGAAGCCCCGCCGGGGACAGUCCCUGAAGAUGAGGUGCAAGAGGCAGCCCCGACGGGGACAGAGCCCGAGGGGGCCGCAGUGACAGCUCCAGCGGGGACAGCCCCCGAGGAUGCGGUGCAGGAGCCAGCCCCGGCUGAUGUGGCAGUCCCUGAGGAGAGGGUGGCCCCGGUGGGGACAGACCCCGAGGAUGAGGUGCAGGAGCCAGCCCCGGUUGCUGUGACAGUCCCCGAAGAGGCGCUGGGGACAGUCCCUAAGGAUGAGCUGCAGGAAGCAGUUCCGGCUGGGACAGUUCCCGAGGAGGGGGCGGCCCCGCUGGGGACAGACCCCAAGGAUGCGGUGCAGGAGGAGGCGCCGGCGGGGACCGUCCCUAAGGAUGAGGUGCAGGAGGCAGCCCCGGAUGAUGUGACAGUCCCUGAGGUUGCGGCGCAGGAGGCGGUCCCGGCAGGGACAAUCCCCAAGGAUGCGGCGCAGGAGGGAGCUCCAGCAGGGACAGUCCCCGAGGAGGUGCUGGGGACAGUCCCUGAGGAUGCGGCCCCGGCUGGGACAAUCCCCGAGGAUGCGGUGCAGGAGGCAGCCCCAGAUGAUGUGACAGUCCCCAAGGAUGCGGUACAGAAGGCAGCCCCGGGUGAUGUGACAGUCCCCGAGGAUGGGAUGCAGGAGGCAGCCCCGGAUGAGGUGACAAUCCCCGAGGACGAGGGACAGAAGACAGCCCCGGAUGGUGUGACAGUCCCUGAAGCUGCGGUGCAGGAGGCAGCCCCGGAUGAGGUGACAAUCCCCGAGGACGAGGGACAGAAGACAGCCCCGGAUGGUGUGACAGUCCCUGAAGCUGCGGUGCAGGAGGCAGCCCCGGAUGAGGUGACAAUCCCCGAGGACGAGGGACAGAAGACAGCCCCGGAUGGUGUGACAGUCCCUGAAGCUGCGGUGCAGGAGGCAGCCCCGGAUGAGGUGACAAUCCCCGAGGACGAGGGACAGAAGACAGCCCCGGAUGGUGUGACAGUCCCUGAAGAUGCGGUGCAGGAGGCAGCCCCGGAUGAGGUGACAAUCCCCAAGGAUGCGGUGCAGGAGGCAGCCCCGGAUGAGGUGACAAUCCCCGAGGACGAGGUACAGAAGACAGCCCCGGAUGGUGUGACAGUCCCCCCGGCAGGGACAGUCCCUGCGGAGCCUGCCGAGCUCCGCGGAGCAGCUCAGGUGCCCUUGCCCUCCCAGGGGCUCCCGGCUGGCGGUCCCCGGUCCCCGGGCGGCCCCGGUGGCGAGGCGGAGGCGGAGCGGGGACCGCCAGCCCCGGCGGGGACAGCAGCCCCGGGGCCCGAGAGCGGCUGGGAUCGGAGCCUGAACGGGGAGCGGCACCGGGAGCGGCACCGGGAGGACGGGACGGGCUCGCCGGGCGCCCCGGAGGAGGAGGAGGAGAAGCAGGACCACGACAUCUCCCUCUUCGUUAAGGCUGGCAGUGAUGGGGAAAGUAUUGGGAACUGCCCGUUCUCUCAGCGCCUCUUUAUGAUCCUGUGGCUCAAAGGUGUCAUUUUUAACGUCACAACCGUGGAUCUGAAAAGAAAACCUGCAGACCUGCAGAACCUGGCCCCAGGCACCAACCCCCCGUUCAUGACCUUUGAUGGGGAGGUGAAGACUGAUGUCAACAAGAUCGAGGAGUUCCUGGAGGAGAAGCUGGCGCCGCCCCGGUAUCCCAAACUUGCACCGAAGCACCCCGAGUCUAACUCUGCAGGAAAUGACGUCUUUGCAAAAUUCUCUGCAUUUAUAAAAAACCCGAGAAAAGAUGCAAAUGAAAAUUUGGAAAAAUCUUUGCUUAAAGCCCUGAAGAAGCUGGACAACUAUUUAAACAGCCCCUUGCCUGAUGAAAUCGAUGCUUACAGCACGGAGGAGAUCACUGCUUCCAGCAGGAAAUUCCUGGAUGGAGAUGAGCUCACUUUAGCAGAUUGCAACCUCCUACCAAAGCUCCACAUUAUCAAGGUUGUUGCAAAAAAAUAUCGAAAUUUUCACUUCCCACCUGAAAUGACAGGGAUUUCCAGAUACUUGAAAAAUGCAUAUGCAAGAGAUGAAUUCACGAACACGUGCCCUGCUGACCAGGAGAUUGAAUAUGCUUAUUUGGAUGUGGCAAAGAGAAUGAAGUGACCUGAAGAUGCCUCUGUUUAUUGCUUCUCUGAUGGACAACAGCCAAGCUGGAAAAGCAAAAACCAGCAGAGAUUCUGCAGUGUGAUUUUAAGUUCUGCUAUUGGCCAAUCCUUUUAUAAUGAUUGUAUUGCAUUAUUUACUCCUUCUUAAAUUAAGUGUGUGUGUGUUUGUGUGUCUUGCACGCUGGAAAGUCGGUUGUCCCUUCCAAGGAAAAGGCAUCCAUCAAUGGUAAAAGUUUGGAGGAUUUAGGGGAGCAGUGUAGGUCACACACUUACAGCAGUACCACAGAAUAAAUCACUGCAUUUGGGAAGAAUUAGGCCUGUUUGAACAUUUUGAAACUGUCGCUAGUGCUGCCUCUGGUCUGUGCUUCAUAGCUCUUGUCAGACAUCACCUCUGAUGGUUUCAGGAUGGAUUCUCUCUGCUUCACUGCCCUGACCCAGCAGUCCCUGACUGACCAAGGGGAGAUCCCAACCAGCAGCUGGGAGCACACCUGAUGUGGCCCAGGCCCCUCCUCUGGGCUGGAGCCCUGCAGGGCAGCUCCACCAUGAACAAUUCAA